CCUGACUUCAAGGAUGGAGUGUGCACUGCUGCUGCUGUCCCUGUGGGCUCUGACUGGAGCGGUGUCCCCGCAGGAUCCAGGGUCGUGUCCAGAGAGACUUCUGGGAGAGGAGAGGAGGAGGACGUGUCCUCGGCCCUGCAAAGCUGACAGAGACUGUGGCAACAAGCGCCAGUGUCUGUGUGACGGCCAGUGUGGUCUCAGCUGUGUGGCUCCAGGUCGAACAUGUCCCUGGCCUCUGCCCCCCACUGAAAACUCAGUGGCUCGCCUCCUCUCUCCCACUCACUCCUUUUCCGCCCUGCUCGAAGUGCGCUGCAAGCCGGGAUUCACGUUGCCCAGUGGCUUGGAUGCCACUAUUCGCCGUUGUCAAGGUGACCGACAGUGGAGUGGGGACGAGCCCAUCUGCACAGUGACUCAGUCACCAGAAGAACCGUCCGUCCAAACCUGCCCUCUGCCUGAGGACAUCAUCAACACCUUCAGCAUCCAGGGUGACGCUACAGCCGGAACUUCCAUCCGCUACAGCUGCCUGUCUGGGGCGGAUAUAGUGGGGAGCAGUGAAAAUUUCUGCCAGGAUAAUCAGACCUGGCAGUAUCCUCACCCCAUCUGUAAAAAGGUGUACUGCCAGCCUCCUCGGGACGUGGAGCAGGGCUAUGUGGUGGCUGUGCAGAAAACUGAAUAUGAAGUUGGCUUCGACAUCCACUACCUCUGUAAAAAGAACUUCCUGCUGGAUGGACCCCAAAAGGUCACCUGCAUGUCCAACGGCAGCUGGAGUGCAUCGCCACCAUACUGCAGAGCUCGCUGUCUCAUCCCUGCUGAGCGGAGCCGUGUGGUGAUUGGUGGAGUGAAGCGCUGGCCGUUUGACGUAACAGAUGCCAUGGUCCCUCACGGGGAAAAUGUGACGUUCUACUGCAAACAUCCUCGUAAGCAGUGCAGCUUCACUGCAACCCAGACCUGCUUUGAUGGAAAGCUGCAGCCGCCAGCCUGCUACCUCGAGCCCACAUGGUUGCAGUACAAACUCUUCCCUCACCGGCUGGUCUCAGAGAUUGAAGCAUGUGAGCCUGAUGAUGUGGAGAUAUGACCUCGACCCACCCAGCACUCAUGACACCGUGUCACAAUAUAAGCACCUCCUGACACACACCAGCACCCAGAGCAGUCCCUCUCCGCUCUGCAGCUUUGCUUACACUAUCUGUGCUAUGCCUGUGGCCUGUCUUAGACGCUGAAACGUCUUUCACAGCUCUUGUGGAUCCUGCGCUCGUGGCCUCUGCCCCUCGCUCAUGCAUACUAUCAAACUGCAGGCGUAACUAUAAUCUGCAAACCCCUUCAAGUAUUACUCCUCCAGCUUGAGCCAAUGCAUACUGUAGAUGCACUCCAUGUGAGGAUGUAUAUACGCCAUGCAUUAAUACGUGCUAUAUCAGUUAUGAUCCCUUCAUGUAGCCUAACUCGUAACGGUUUGACUCUGUGAUAUCUCACUGUGUAAUCUGUCUCCUCUCUGUUCAGCCUGACGCAUCAAGUCUUGAGGCUUGUAAGUUUUAAUGAUGUGAAAUAAAGUCAUGUCAAAACGG